CCUGACCACGGCACUCUCACCACCCCACCACAACCACAACCACCAAAGAAGACAGAAAAGGACGUAACCCUAGUAACAGAAGGCGCCCUCCAAAGCAAUCAUACCAUCCAAGUAACCAGCAUCGCAAACCACCUGAACCUCUCACGGCCCGUGAUUAUCCUUCACAAGGCCACAGGGGGUGGAUACGCCCAAGCAACAGAUAAGAGUCUCUUCGAGAGAACGGGAAAUGUGCAGAUAGCGAAGCUAUUAGGGGCUGAUGUGAGGGUGUUGGACUCGGCGACUGUUUCAACAUCUUCUACAAGUAAAGAAGAAAAGGAAGAAGAAGAAGAAGAAGACGGAGUCCACUCCAUCCUCACGACCCUCCAAAAUGAAGGCAAAAAUCCCUACUGGAUCCCCUCAGGAGCAAGUCUCCACCCACUAGGUGGAUUGGGGUACGCAAGAUGCGCAUUCGAGAUUGCAUUGCAGGAGAAACAACCGCAAUCACUGUCACAACCAGAGGGUUCAAACCUCGGCAGAUUCGACUACAUCUUUCUCGCCUGCGGCAGCGGCAGCACCCACGGCGGGCUCAUCGCCGGUCUGAAACUUCUCGAGAAACAAGAAACCACCACCACCACCACCACCACCACCACCACUUCCCUACCGCCCCGGAAAAUCAUAGGCAUCCUCACAUCCCCGACUCGCUCACGCAGCUACCACGAAAACAGAGUAUUACAGUUUGCGCGACAAGCGGGAAGACUUAUCGGGCUUGAAGAUGUGGAGAGGGAGAUAACCAUGCAGGAUGUGCAUAUUGAUGAGCGGUUUGCGGGCACGGCGUAUGGAGAAGUGGAUGAUGCGACGAGGGAUAUGAUGCGGUUGAUGGCAAGAGAGGAAGCGGUGUUGUUGGAUCCGGUGUAUACGGGGAAGGUGGCGAGGGGGAUGGUGCAUUGGGUGAGGGAGGGGGAGAUUUCCAGGGAUUGGGUUGCGCGAGGGGGAUGGGAAAGGGAUGGAGGUAAUGUUAAGGUGUUGAUGGUACAUACGGGGGGACAGUCUGCUUUGAGUGCGUAUGCAGAUGUUGUGUAG